AUGAAUUUGUUACCGUCGGCGAAUCCAGUGUUACCCAUGGAAGACAGUUUGCUGUCAGUUGGAGACGAGAGUUUGACUGGAUUGGAGCCGGAUGAAUCCCAAACUUCUUCACAAUCUGGGUGUAGGUUCUUUUUUAUGCAUUUCUCUGUAUAAAAGCCAUUUGAUUAUUUUUUUGUAAAACUUACGUUUUAUAUGUUGUUUAUUGUUUUAAAAAAUUAUUAUUAUAGUGGACACUCCAAAGAGAAAGAACACAGCUUUGUUACGCUUGACAGAAGGCCAGAGCCUGCAGACUUCACCAGCAGAUCUGAUCGAGUACGAAUGGCCUUUAGGAUCUGGAGACAAGUACUUCUUACAGGUAAGAAUUAGUUUAUAGCUGUUAUUUUGUGUUCAGGAACAAAUAGCGGAAAUGUUGGAAGUAAAAUCCUUCAAAAGGAAAUAUCCCAACAUGCCGAGACGUACUAUUGAUGGAGAAGAGCGUCAGUACCUAUUCAAAGAGUUAGAGAUUGGCAAGACGCUUCCUAUUCAUCUCCAGUCCCUUCUCACAGCGGUAGAAUCAGAUGCUGUGCUUAACAUGAUGGCCACAGAGUAUGUUCCCUGCUUCGCCGAGUAUCAGAAGAUAUUGUUGACGAGAAGACAAAAGGAACUGAUUCAGCAACAAAACGAGAUCAAGAUGGUUCAGAUGGAUCCGGCGAAGUUGGCCGAGCUGCGAAAACAAGCUUUAAAGAACGCUUCCGAAGUGAACGAACAUCUUCAGAACAGUAGAAGGAACGAGCGACGAUACUUCUUCGACAUGCAGACUAUGGCAAGUUCAUUCUCAUAUGUGGAAGAGUUAGGGGAUAUUUUUUUAAAUUUUAUAUUUUCUAAAGAUAUUACUUUAUAUUUAAUUUCUUUGUGGCAAAUUUAGGUAACAAAAAUUAUUUUUUAUACAUACUUAUUUUUUAGGUAAUGCAAUGUCCGAAAAACAAGACGAAACGUCUUCCUCAAGCUUUUACUCGUGUUUCACCUUAUCCAGUAGCUUUGGUACAAGGACAACAUCAGGAUAACUAUAAAAGGUAACAGUAACAUAAGACAAUUUUGUUUGUUUAGGUGUAUCAAUUAAAAACACAAAAUCUAUAAACAUUGGUUUAAUAUCGCGUUUAUAAAAUAAAAUUUUGAUUUGUUUAAAACUAUUUUCAGGUAUACAAAAGAAGAACUGGACAAGUUCCCGUUGAACACGGUAAUCAACAACGAUCAUCUGUUUCCACCUUUGAGAGAACCUUCACCCCCACCUAUAAGAGUGUCAGAUGAGGAGAUCAAGAAGAUGAAACAUGUCGAAGCCAAGGUAAACUAUCAAUUUAUAUUAAGAAUUCAACUUUAAAAGAGGAUGCUUGGCAAAUUAUGUUGUUUUAGUAGUUUAAAAUUUAAUUUCCGCAACUUUUAUUACCUAAAUUUUUGAAAUCUAUUUAAUUGCCAAUUUUAGCAAGAAGAACCUCAAACGCCGCGCUCAGCCCGCUUGGCCAACAAGCGAUUGGAGAGAAAUGUACAUCCUUAAUAUAGAUUUAGUUUGCUAAUGGGUGGUUUGGUGCUUUAUAUCUUAACUAGUCGACCGUCUACCUUAUCAUCUUGUACAUAUAGAUAUCUAAAGCAUUUCGGGAUUAAAUAUUUUUACUCAGCUCUUGUAUGACUCUGUACUUUUAGUUUCUGCGCUUAUGUAGUCGUUGUAACUCGUGCCAGGAGAACGACGAUCCUCUGAGUGUGAUGUUGAAGUGCGUCAACUGUCACACCUUUGUCCACCCGAAGUGUGCCGAGAUGACACUGGACAUGGUCAGAGUGGUCAAGACCUACGAUUGGUGUUGUAUAGAGUGUAAGCGAUGCACAGUCUGUCACAAGCCAGAUGAAGAAGUAAGUUUUUGCUGUUUUUUGCUUUACAAUGGGAUUGUUAGAGUACUUUGGUACUAAUUUAGUCCAAAAUGUUACUUUUUUAUAAGUCAAAGAUCAAGAAAAUACUUUUCUGUUUAAUUUUUUGACCUUAAUUUAAAGUUUUAAAACUUUAUUUUAAGGCUUCUAUGAUGUGCUGUGACCUGUGCGACCGUGGCUACCAUACGUUUUGUGUUGGGCUGAGCAAGCCCCCGAGUGGCAACUGGCUAUGUCAAUAUUACUGCAAUCCCAAGAAAUGA